GUCAAAAAUAAACACUAGACGGUUAGCUAGCCAAGCUAACAUCAACGGCCUCUGUUGUGUCAGCUGUUUAAAUAGCACUAAAUUACUGACCUAAUCAGUACCGAAUUAUUGAAGGACAGCCGUGUAAGUAUCACAAUUUCUAACAAGAAUGUUAUAUUACCAGCUAACCUUGGCAGGCUAAUUAACAUUAGCAGGGCUUGUUGUCGCUGGUUUACGAUUUAACAAUCCUGUCAGCUAGACAGGGAGUAAUGUCGGUGGGUUUCGUUCACAAACAAGGACAAGCUGUGUCGUAAUAUUUCGAUGUUAUGAGGAUAAUUUAAUAAAACUUUGUGUUAAAAUUCGCAAUAUGAUCUGGCUAGCAGCUAACACAUUAGCUGGCGAAAGAAAUGGCCUCUGAUACCUUCUCCCUGCUUCAAUCUCAGACACAAAAAACAGGAAAGUAGGAACGGGACUCGACAGUAUUUUCGCAACACCGAGUCAUCUUUCCUCGAAAGUAUUUCGAUAUUAGAUAAUCAUGAACGUCCUAGAAACUGUUAGCUGGGAUGUCACUGAAAAAUUUCAACCACAGGUAUAUUGUUGUUACCUAUUUGUUCCAGUGUUGUAGUUGUAACGGACAGUGCACCAGCUCCUUUCUCUCUCUACCCCAGCUAGUUUCACAUCAGCUGAGGGCCCUGCAAUAUACAUCCGCGUGAUUCUUCCGCUCAGGGACUACUUUUGAUGCUUGCUUUCGACACCAGUCCAACACCAGCGACACGAGUUCCGCACAAAAUCUACAUUAGUAAUCUGACAACAAGUUUUCUUCAGACAUUUGAGUCGCUAUAUAUAUUCUAAUGUCCCAAGUCCGUCAUUAAAAGGCGAAAGACAUCGGUAACGUUAGUCGCAAAUGUAACGUAUCAAUCCGCUGGGUCGUGACCCCCCCCCAACACACAUACACAUAACAGUUACAUGUAAAUUGAUUUAUGAUGUACUGCAUCAUAUUUGCUAAUUAUUUCACAUAUAUGUACCGUAACAAUGAGUUAUAAGCUUUCGUUGCCAUUUAGUAGUCCCUUUUCAGUUCCGUUGCGCUCUCCGUUGCCAUGGUUACACUUCUGCGUCCAAAAAUGGCGUCCUUGCUCGGGGAGACGCUGUUUGAAAUAAGUGGCCAAGGUCCACCUCCUGCAAAAGACUACUUCCAACUUGUCAUUACAAAAAAUGAGGUAAAAUGGAGAUCAUGGAUAAUUUCUUUGCGAGUUGGAUUCCGAGGUGCUGCACCCAAAGAGCUGAAGGAAUCCCAUUAUGAUUUCCUACAUGACAAAAGUCUUCAGCAAGAGGUUGGUAUCAUUUUUGGCCAGAAGAUACUGCACUACACCAAAGCACUUUGUCAGGGAGAGUUUGACUACCUGGAGCGUUUGCCUGAUGACAUAUUGCUGAGAAUCGUGUCCUAUCUUCCCCUGAGGGAUGUAACACAGCUUGCACAGACCACUCGUAAGUUCAGAAAGCUCUGCAAUUCUGAGGAGUUUUGGGAGCAGACUGUGAGGAGUCGCUGUGCUGAGUUCACCCCUGACAUGGAGACCCUAGCCAAUGCCAUGGGCUGGAGAAAGGUCUUCUUUUUAUUCUUCAAUGCCAGUGGACCUAAAGAGAAGAAGAGGAGCAGCUAAAGACUUUCAGCGCUGUUCUCAUAUACCUGUCUCGUACACCAAAAAGAUAAGCUAUAUUAAUUUGUGUAUGUUGUACAGCAACCGCCAGCAUUUUAUGGCAUUAGAGUGUUCAGUGUUCACACAUGUUCCAAAUUGUAAAGUUAAUGUUCAUAUAUGUAACCCACAAAAGACUGUCAAUCCACUGAUUUAAUAAAGGUGCCAACUGUUUUGUUCUUCAAACAGACUAGUGCAUUACUUGCCUUUACUUUCUUGUUACUGUUUGGAUGGCUUUUAGGCUAAUCAGUAAUACCACACAGGCCUCUCCCUAGUGUUCAAU